GGCAGUCUGAGAGCUUGAGCGCUGGGCGGCCGUGAUUGGAGGAAAGGGCUGGACCCCGUCCUGGGGGCCUCAGGAGCUGUGCUCUUGGCCACUGGAAGACCCUCCCGGAGUGCGCUGGGGGGUGGGGCAGAAGCAGGAAGUCUUUUACUUGGGAAUGCUCUGCUUUCCCUGGAGUCCAGAUCUAUUUCCUUUCUUUCCUUGCAGCUGAGAUCUCUCUGCCUUCCGGAAGCCAGCUUUGUGCGUGCAGGUCGCAGGGAGCCUGGAGCUAGAGGGAAUGGCCCCUGGGAGCCUCAGACCUCCACCUCAGGAGUUGGUGACAUUCAAGGAUGUGGCUGUGGAUUUCACCCAGGAGGAGUGGGACCUCUUGGACCAUCCUCAGAAGGAGUUGUACAAGGAGGUCAUGCUGGAGAAUGCCCAGAAUCUGCUCUCCCUGGGGCUUCCAGUUCCCAGAGAAGAUGUGAUCUCUUAUUUUGAGCAAAGAGAAGCACCAAAGAUGUUGGAGCCAGUAGCCCUGAGGAGCUGCUGUCCAGAAGGAAAGAUCAGACUUGAAAUAAAGAAAAGUAGUGCAGAGCUAAGCCUUUCUCUGGCAGAAACUGACAAGCAAAUUUUUAUGCGUGACAGUUCCUGUGACUUCACUUGGAGAGAAAUCUGUGCUGCACAUGAGAGAAUACCCACUGGAGAGAAAAUGUAUGAUUGUAAUCAGUGUGGAAAGGCUUUUAGAUCUAGCUCCAAUCUUGCUGAUCAUCAGAGAAACAAGACUAAGAAGAAACCUUAUGAAUGCAAGCAAUGUGGAAAGGCUUUCAAAUGGAGGAAGAGUGUUGAUAGACAUCAGAGGAUCCAUACUGGAGAGAAAUCUUAUGAAUGCAAUCAGUGUGGAAAGGCUUUUACACAAAAGUCUAGUCUUCACAAACAUCAGAGAAUCCACACUGGAGAGAAACCUUAUGCAUGUAAACAACUUGGAAAGACUUAUAAACAGAGUAUUAGGCUCAAUGUGCAUCAGAGAAUCCACACUAGAGAGAAACCUUAUGAAUGUAAACAAUGUGGAAAGGCUUAUAAACAGAGGAUUAGGCUCAAUGUGCAUCAGAGAAUCCACACUGGAGAGAAACCUUAUGAAUGCAAUCACUGUGGAAAGGCUUUUACAUAUAAGUCUAGGCUGAAGGAACAUCAGAGAAUCCACACUGGGGAGAAACCUUAUGAAUGUAAGCAAUGUGGAAAGGCUUUUAGACAAGGGUCUAGACUUAUUGUGCAUCAGAGAAUCCACACUGGAGAGAAACCUUAUGAAUGUAAACAAUGUGGAGAGACUUUUACACAGAAGACUUAUCUUAAUAUGCAUCAGAGAAUCCACACUAGAGAGAAACCUUAUGAAUGCAAACAAUGUGGAGAGGCUUUUACACAGUGGAAUUAUCUUAAUACACAUCAGAGAAUCCACACUGGAGAGAAACCUUAUGAAUGUAAACAAUGUGGAAAGACUUUUACACAGAGGACCCAUCUAAAUAUGCAUCAGAGAAUCCACACUGGAGAGAAACCUUAUGGAUGUAAACAAUGCGGAAAGACUUUUACACAGAGGACUCAUCUUAAUACACAUCAGAGAAUCCACACUGGAGAGAAACCUUAUGAAUGCAAUCAGUGUGGAAAGUCUUUUAUACGAAAGUCUGAUCUUACUAAACAUCAGAGAAUUCACACUGGGGAGAAACCUUAUGAAUGCAAUCAAUGUGGAAAGUCUUUUACACUAAAAUCUAAUCUUAACAAACAUCAGAGUAUCCACACUAAAGAGAAACCUUAUGAAUGUAAACAAUGUGGAAAGGCUUUUACACAGAGGACUUAUCUUAAUAUGCAUCAAAGAAUCCACACUGGAGAGAAACCUUAUGAAUGUAAUCAGUGUGGAAAGGCUUUUACACUAAAGUUUAAUCUUACCAAACAUCAGAGAACCCACACCUUAUUAAUGUAAGCAAUGUGGAAAGGCUUUUAGAGGAGGGUCUGAAAUAUAUGUUCAUUAGAGAAUCCACACUGGAGAGAAACUUUAUGAAUGUAAACAGUGUGGAAAGAAAGGCAUUUACAGAAAGCUCCAAAGUGGAAAGUCUUUUACACAGAUGGUUUAUGUUAAUACACAUCAGAGAAUCCACAAUGGAGAGCAAUUAUGCCCAAAGAAUUAUUAAACUGGCCCCAUAUCUGUGAUCUUUGUGUUUCUCAAAUACUAGGUUCAUUUGUUUCUCUAUGUUAUACGCUUAAUCUGUUCCUGUGAUCAAACUUUCUAUUUGUUACCCACUAUCAACUUAUUUGGACGAUUUCAUCUUUGUGAUCUGGUUUGAGAUCUGGUACUGCUAGGCCCCCUCCCUUCUCAUGUUUCUUUCAUUGAUUGCCUGAUAUUCUUGUCCAGUUGUUCCUCCAGAUGAACUGUAUUAUUACUUUUUCUAGCUCUACAAAGUAAUUCUUUGGUAAUGUGAUUGAUAUGGCACUGAAUACAUAAAUUAAUCUAGGUAGUCUCACUUUUUAUAUUUUGGCUUUGAUUACCCAUGAAUGAUUAAUAUUUCUCAAAGGAGGAAUGAUUUGGAUAAAAUAAGAAAUAAUUCUUGUUCCAGCAUUAGUUUCUACCCUUCAAGUAUUUUCCUCAGAAAAGCCUUUUUUCUUGGCCUUCUAAAUACUUUCAAAUGGGGGAAAGACUGAACAGUUAACAAUUAACAGUUAAAAGUUAAUAGUGGUUAAAUUAGAGAAAAUAUUAUUUUAAAAUAUUUCUAGAAAAUAAUUUUUUUUAUUGAUUCUUUUUUUUGCGGGGCAAAGGGGGUUAAGUGACUUGCCCAGAGUCACACAGCUAGUAAGUGUCAAG